UAUGUAUAUUGUAUUCGUCAAAUCACAAUUUAAAGUUAAAUUUCAUUGUGUCUAAAUUGUGCAUGUCAUUCUUCAUUUAAUAUUUUAAUAAACUUAGUUAUAAUAAUAAAAUCAAAAUGUUGAAUGUGAAUGAAAACUUCCCCGAAUAUGCUUUACCGGGAGGAAAGAAAGUUCAUUUUGAACCAUACGCCGACAACGGAGGCAGCGUUGUCGCUAUUGCCGGUGAAGAUUAUGCAGUCAUUGGAGCAGAUACACGUCUCAGCACGGGAUUCUCUAUUUACACAAGGGAGCAGAAAAAGCUAUUUAAACUUUCCGAUAAAACAGUGUUGGGAGCAACUGGAUGUUGGUGCGACACUCUCACCCUCACCAGACUGAUACAAGCGCGCAUGCAGAUGUACGAACAUGAACACAACAAAUCCAUGACAACACCAGCUGUUGCACAAAUGCUGUCCACCAUGUUGUACUACAAGAGGUUCUUUCCGUACUACAUAUCUAAUGUGUUAGCUGGACUUGAUGCAGAUGGGAAAGGGUGUGUAUACAGCUAUGAUCCCAUUGGGCACUGUGAGCGCUCUAACUUUAGAGCUGGAGGGUCUGCAGGCGCUCAAUUGCAGCCACUGCUUGAUAAUCAAAUUGGUUUGAAAAAUAUGCAGAAUGUUAGUGAAGCUCCUUUGCCCAAGGAGAAAGCACUUGCUCUGUUAAAGGAUGUCUUCAUUAGUGCGGCAGAAAGAGACAUAUACACUGGUGACUACAUUUAUAUUUUGGUAAUCACUUCUAAUGGAAUACAAGAAGAGAAAUUUGACCUCCGCAAAGAUUAACUUUUAUUGUAUUAAAAACUUCUAUUGUAUAAUAAA